AUGAAGCUCCUCAUCAUCCUCGCUGCCUUCACCGGCCUCGUUUUCGCUGACGACGCUACCACCCAGCUCGGGAUCAGCUGCAAACAGCCCCUCGGCGAUGGCGGCAUGUACGACUUCAUCGACAAGAACCUAUCCAACUGCGCUGUCUUCCAUGACGGCCAGCAAGUCGCAUGCAAGUCUUGCCACUUGACCAAAAUGGAAGGCUCGUGUGUUUUCCUGCAGAAGAUGGGCACCAAGACAGCUACUGGAAAGCAGGUGAAGGAUGCCGUUAAGCGUCUCAAGGAGAAGGGCUGCAAGUACUGCGGCAGCGCGCCUCUCUUCACCGACAAUGUGAAUGAUGGGGAGGUCACGGUCAACUACGUCACUAAUGGGUGCAUCAAGCAUGGGGACAAGAUCUGCGCAGGAGAGGGAGGGCAAGAUCAUGCGGAUACCGGCUGCGACGGUUUGGUAACUUCGUGA